CUGUUCUUUCCUUAUCUUUGCAGUAUCUGCGGAGCUGGAUGGGACAGGUUAAGUAAGUGGGGAACAACGGUGCUGUGGAAUGUCAGUGGUUUGUUGCUAAGCUUUGACAGCCACAAUUGGCUUGACUACAGCUUUAUUUACCCUCAAAACAGACUUUAAACAGAAACAUGGCAGGCUUACGGCGUUUAUUCCAGUGUUUGCAGGAUCCGCAGUUGGUGGCAAGCUUCCAGAAGUGCUGCGGGCUGUUUCUAGAGUUUGAAGACCGAUCUGUCGCAAAGUCGGGGCAGCUGAAUGGGUCGCCGCAACAUUCAUAUGGUCCAUCAGCAGACAAGACGGAAGAUUUCAAAAACGGGAUGCAUGUGGCUAGGUUAGGGGUGACGUGUAGCUCGGAAUGCAACGGAACUGUGCGGUACCGUUCUCAUGGGUCAACGCAGUAUAGCAACGGCAUAUACCAAAAUCACGUCACGGAGUUACCAGUUCGGAUUUCUACACAACGUUAUGUAGUAAAGAAUUAUUUUUUCUAUUACCUCUUCCAAUUCGCAGCUGCUCUUGGAAAUGAAAUUUUCUAUAUCACCUUUCUGCCAUGUACCUAUUGGAAUUUUGAUCCAUAUGUAUCCCGAAGACUGGUUUACGUAUGGGCAAUUGUCAUGUACAUUGGUCAAGCCUCGAAAGACAUUCUCAAAUUGCCUCGACCUUGUUGCCCUCCUGUAGUGAAGCUGGAAACUAGAGUAGAUGCAGAAUAUGGGAUGCCAUCCACGCAUGCUAUGGCAGCAACAGCAAUCUCUUUUACAACUUUGCUCUCUACACUGUACAGGUACAAGUAUCCAUUUGAAUACGGACUGAUGGCAGCACUUGUUCUUUCCUGCUUGGUGUCUCUCAGCAGACUGUAUACUGGAAUGCAUACAGUGCUAGAUGUAAUCUGUGGUGUUCUGGGCAGUGGAAUUAUAAUGGCUUUUACGUAUCCAGUGUGGGAUAUCAUAGAUCAUCUGCAGCUUGUCAGUUGUUAUACCCCUGUGUUUGCCCUAGUGGUACCUUUUCUUAUGAGCUACAACUACCCAGAACUGGAUCACUACUCUACAACAAGAGCAGAUACUACCACCAUACUUGGAGUGGCAUCUGGUUCAGUCCUUGGAUUUUGGCUAAACUACCAGUUUGGAAGAACAUAUGAGCCCACUGGAGUUCUCCCUUUCAGUAUUCCUCAAGUGACACCUGCCAUUGUACUGGUGGCAGUUGGACGAUUUGUAAUUGGAAUAGUGAUUCUUCUCACGACUCGUCAAGUUGUUAAAGGUGCUUCACUGUACUAUCUCUGUGCUUGGCACAAAGUUUCAAUCAAAGAUGAAGAUGCCAGGCAAAGACUUGAAAUAGAAGUGCCAUAUAAAUUUUUAACUUAUUCUGCAAUUGGUUUUAAUGCCACAGUAGUAGUGCCAUAUGCUUUUCAGAUUUUUGGACUGCUGUGAUGACAAGUAUUACUUUCAGCCUAGAAUUUAAAAUUUGUGAAAAUCUGAAUGAGGACAGAAUGCAGUCCAGUAUUAUUGCUACUCUUUAAAUGGUAGAUAUGUUUACUUGGAAAUUGAAGUGAUGAGUUAUUUGCAAUUAAAUGUGUAAAUGUCACUGUAUUAACAUUCAUCUAAAAUGUUAGUUAUAUCAAACAGGAGUUUUUUUUUGUUUUCAUAAAUAUAAAUGCAUGAUACAUGCGACUUGUCAGAAGUUUCCUGCAUGUAAACGUGGUGCGUAACAAUUAAGCAUUUCUGAAUGCUGCAUGAUACAAUAAAGGUGAACUUCUGGAAGAUUUUACUGUAUGUACCAUAUCUAAGAUUCAGGUAUUAACCUGUACCAAAGAAAACACCACAACAGAAUGCAGGCAAGUGCAUGUGUUUGACUGCUGUGUGCAAAGGAUUUUAGAUGAGAUAGCUUUACUUCUUUGUAUCUUAAUUUCAAAUCAAUUUGCAGGCUAUUCAGAAUUAAUAAAUUAUUGUUUCAUUA